UUCAGAUACUUCGAGCGAGUUGCCGUUAAACCGAGACGGCCCAACCAUUAAACAGAUUAUUAGCACAUCGACAACAAAGUUCACAAUUUAAUAGUGCUCACGCUGAAGAUGCAAAGUACAAUGGAAUACUAGUAAACACAAAGUCUCCAAGGGCGUAUCAAAUUUUGUUUUUGUUUGACAACAGACAAAACGUAAUCAUAAUUGCAUUUGACCAAGACGUUUUAGGAAAUCAGAUUAAUUAUUAGAAUAUAUUACAGCAGAAUGAAUGAGACGUUCGAGGAAUUUUAUGAACAUGAUAUGGUCACGUCGCAUUUGGAAAAUAUGACCGAUUAUGGAGAAGAUGCCAAUUGGGAAAGCUCUGCCACGCCUGUAAGGUAUUGGGUGGAAACGAUUGCUUUGCCGAUAGUAUUAUCACUGGGAAUAUUGGGUAAUCUACUUAAUAUGAUAAUUCUGACCCGAAAACGACUGCAAGCUAAAAUGGAUGAAAUGGAAAAGUCGGGACAUAUUUUCCUUAUUGCUUUGGCAGUUUCGGAUUUUCUAUUCUGUGUGGCUGAAUUUCCUCUUGGCUUUAUGCACCGAACUAUUAUCUACGACACAGAAUGCUUCAUGCUUUACUACAGAGUGUACCAUUCUGGGAUCAUCAAUAUGUUCAUACUCUCCUCAACAGCGUUAACUGUAGUUAUGGCCGUUAGUCGAGCCACGGUCGCACUCUUUCCUUUGAGGGCACGUAGUUGCAUGACCUUGACAAAGGUCAAGGUCACAUUAAUCUUAGUUUAUGUCAUAUCAGCCAUAUUCGCCCUUCCCAGAUAUUGGACAUUAAAGAUCAGCAACUAUGGAACAAUAUCAAAAGGAAUGUAUAUGGCAGAUAUGGGUGUAUUAUACGAUCCUGAUUACAAACAGGGGUUUCUUGUAUAUAAACUGUUAUGGAGCCUAAUCGGAGCCGUCAUCCCAUUUAUCCUUCUAAUCAUCAGUAAUGUUUGUUUGAUAAAGACAUUAAGAAAAUCAUUCAGAAUGCCUGAUUGUCAUGGUAACAGAUCAGUGACGUCAUCGAGCAAUCGCUUGACGCACAUUCUCAUAGCAAUCGCUAUAAUAUUUUUGCUCUUAGUAUUCCCCGCUGAACUUCUCAAGUUGAUAAACAUUUUUCGUGAAGAUUCGUCCACGAGUCCCAUUUUUGAAAUCGCAACUAUUAUCACAAACUUUAUGCAAAGUUUAAACUUCACAGUGAAUUUCAUUCUCUACUAUUCAAUUAACAUGCCGUUCAGGAAAACAGUUUUAGAUUUUUUCAGAAGCAUUGUCACAAUGGAACAAAAAAGACCAUCUCGGAAAACAAAUGCAAGCACCACCUAUCGUCACUAUAGCUAUAGGUUCAGCUCUUUCGUAUCGACACCUAUCGUAUCGACCCAGUCGGCCCAAUCACAAUGUAUAGAGAUGUGUGCUAACUAGAUGAACUCAAGUUCGAGUUGCGCACUUUUUGUAUUGGAAAUCAAAGCAUUGGACCCAAAAGUAAAGAUGAAAAGGAUCCGAAUAAACAUAAGAGAGAAUCGAUGUGAAUAUUGGCUGUUAAUAAAUGAUAAGCAGUCAUUAAACGAUAAGCAGAAUGUCAAUUAAUUGAACACUCUAGCUAGACAGUCACAAGAUGCCAUAUUCUUUAACUAUCCACAUCGAUCGAAACUGAAUUUGAAUAGUAUAUUAGAAAAUCAUUAAAAUCUAUGAAA